CAAGCAGCUACGUAUGUUUGCUUAUAAAUCUUUGAUGGACUAACACUACCAGAUGUGAGAAAAAAGAAUGGCUCUUAAACAAUGGCCUCAUGAGCAAAUGGAAAGAGUAUUCUCUUCUACCUUCUAUCUUUCUCUUUCCUUCUUCAUCAGUGUUCUGUUAUUCUUUAAGCUCGCAAGAAGAUCCAAACCCAAAACCAAUCUGAAUCUGCCACCAUCUCCCCCAAAGCUCCCAUUCAUAGGCAAUCUGCAUCAGUUUGGGACACUGCCACAUCGAGCUCUUCGAGAUCUCUCUCUAAAAUAUGGAGACAUAAUGAUGUUGCAGUUGGGACAGAUGCAAACUCCAACCCUCGUCGUUUCAUCUGUAGAUUUGUUCGCCGAAAUAAUCAAAACACAUGACCUAGCCUUUUCGGACCGACCCCAAAACACUGCUGCAAAUAUCUUACUCUAUGGAUGCACAGACUUUGCUUUUGCACUCUAUGGAGAAAACUGGAGACAGAAAAGAAAAAUAUGUGUGCUUGAACUUCUGAGCACGAAAAAGGUGCAAUCAUUUGGAGCAAUCAGGGAAGAAGAAGUUGCGCAGUUGGUGAAGAAGCUACGUGAAGCUAGCAAGAGUGAUGAAAACGUUGUGAAUCUAAGUGAGAUGAUUGUGUCAACAUCAAAUAAUAUUGCGUGCAAAUGUGCUCUUGGGAGGAAGUUUGCAGGAGAUGGUUACACGAGAGUGAAAGAGUUAGCAAGGGAAGUGAUGAUUCAUCUCACAGCUUUCACAGUGAGAGAUUACUUUCCUUGGUUGGGUUGGGUUGAUGUUGUUACUGGAAAAAUUCAGAAAUACAAAGCCACUGCUCAAGCACUGGAUAGUUUAUUUGAUGAGGUAAUUGCAGAAGAGAUGAGCGUCAAAAGGGAAGGUCAACACUCCAAAAACAAAGUCUUCUUGGACGUCCUCCUCCAACUUCAUAAGGAUAACACGCUCAGCGUCGACCUCGCCAAAAAUGACAUCAAAGCAAUUUUAACGGACAUGUUUGUGGGAGGCACUGACACAACUUCAUCGGCGAUAGAAUGGACUAUGUCUGAGCUUUUAAGAAAUCCAGUGAUAAUGAAAAAAGUACAAGAAGAAGUGAGAGCAGUUGUAGGUGAUAAAUCAAAUGUAGAAGAAAGUGACAUUAAGAAAAUGCACUACUUAAAGUGCGUGAUAAAAGAAUCUCUAAGAAUACACCCUCCAACUCCUCUUUUGGCUCCUCGAGUAACGAUGUCUGCUGUAAAACUGAAAGGAUAUGAUAUUCCGGCAAAAACAACGGUAUAUAUCAACUCAUGGGCAAUGCAAAGGGAUCCCAAAUUCUGGGAAAGUCCUGAAGAGUUCAUGCCAGAGAGAUUUGAAAAUAUUGAAGUUGAUUUUAAAGGUCAAGAAGACUUUCAGUUUAUUCCGUUUGGUUUUGGGAGAAGAGGAUGUCCUGGAAUUAACUUUGCCAAUGCUUCUAUGGAGUAUAUGCUUGCUAAUCUUCUUUAUUGGUUUGAUUGGAAGUUGCCAGAAACUGAUACACAAGACAUAGAUAUGACCGAAAUAUUUGGACUUGUUGUCUCAAAGAAAGUACCACUUCACGUUAAACCAACGACCUUUUCAUUCUAAAUGUUUUUGUUCUCAAAGUUGCUGUUGUAACUUAUUAUCUUCACUUUGUGUGGUGCUGCUCUAAAUAAUAUAUAUGUUUAUUGGUGUGUACACACGUUAUUCUUGUUGUUCAAAAUGUAAAAAUGGUCUUUUUCGUCAGGUAUGUUUAUUAUCU